AACGCCACCACAUGCAGCAUAAAUCCCUUGACCCUCAACGCACUAAUUAAACCACCCCCUCUCUGCUUCUCUGUUUUACUCUGUUUUCAAUGGCAGACCUAAACAAUAACACCACCACCACCACCACAAGAUUAAAACUUUUCGGAUUCAGCGUCUCCGAAGAUGAAGAAACUACAACCCCAUAUGCUUCAUCACUCAAAAGAACUAAUAUUUCUACUUCCCCUGAAUCCUCUGCUUUCCCUUCUUCUUCUUCUUCAGGGGACCGGAAGUACGAGUGCCAAUACUGCUGUCGUGAAUUCGCAAAUUCACAAGCACUUGGUGGGCAUCAAAACGCCCACAAAAAGGAGCGUCAGCAGCUCAAGCGUGCACAAAUGCAAGCCACUCGAAACGCCGCCGCAGCGGCUUCUUUCGCGAGGAAUCCAAUGAUUUCCGCGUUCGCGCCUCCUCCUCACCUCUUGGCAGGUCCUGGUGGUUCAGUGGUGGUCUCAGCCGCGGCUGCAGGGCCGUCUUCGUGGAUGUACUUGCCGCGUGCCGCGGCGGGUGCGCCUUUCCACGUGUCGCAUGGAUGUGUGUUUCAGAGUGGGCCCAGUGGGAGGGGUGGUGGAGGGGGAGGAACGUAUGGUGGCGGUGCAGGGGGUUCGAUGGGAUCGCAGAGAUCGCUCGGGAGGGUCGUUGAUGGGCCGUCAUUGAGUGGAUUCUCGAAAGUGGAUAGUGGUGGGCCGAACUUUGAUGAUUCGUUGGGCCUGGACUUGCAUCUUAGUCUAGCUCCAGCUGGAUCAUGAGUUUGGUGUUGGUAAUUGUAUCUGGAUAAAUGAUAAUUGUUAGGUUGAGGACUUUGGUUUUUACCAAGUUGGGAUCCUUGUACAUUUUCAGAUUUAUUUAUUAAUUUUUUUGGAAGUAAGUUAUCAAAGACCUCAAUAACUCAUAUCGUAAUGAAUUUGAUUUUUGUUUCGUACUAUA